AUGAAUGCUUCAAAUAUAUUAUUGUUGCUCAUUGCAACUGUAGCACUAUUUGCCUCAGUUAAUUUAGCCUUUGAUGAUUCGGAAAACGCAUUGAAAUCCCAAAAUGUCCUCUCAAAAUCCGAAAUCAUCCAACUUAAUGGAGCAAUUGGACCAGAGAGUGUUGCUUUCGAUCCAAAUGGCGAAGGCCCAUACAUAGGAAUAGCCGAUGGACGAAUUCUCAAGUUUCAAGGAUCAUCUUGGGCUGAUUUUGCAGUCACCUCUUCUCAAAGAGAGAAUUGUACAUUGCCUUUUGCUCCAGAAAUGGAGCAUAUAUGUGGGAGGCCAUUAGGCUUACGAUUCGAUACCAAAACAGGGGAACUCUACAUUGCUGACGCCUAUUUCGGGCUCCAAGUUGUUGGACCAAAAGGAGGAUUAGCUACACCAUUAGUCCAAAAAUUAGAAGGUAAGCCUCUCGUCUUCACAAAUGACGUUGACAUUGAUGAUCACGACGAUGUGAUUUACUUCACGGAUACAAGCACAAGGUACCAACGCAGACAAUUUGUCGACUCUCUUUUAAGCAGAGAUGCGACUGGCAGGCUAAUGAAAUAUACUAAAUCAACCGAAAAAGCAAAAAUAUUAAUAAGAGGCCUUGCUUUUGCAAAUGGUGUAGCUUUGAGUAAAGACCGGUCAUUCGUGCUAGUGGCUGAAACUUCUAAUUUUAGAAUUUUAAGGUACUGGCUUAAAGGCCCCCUUGAGGGAACACAUGAUACAUUUGCUGAGUUGCCGGGGUUUCCGGACAACAUUAGAAUAAAUUCGAAAGGGGAAUUUUGGGUAGCUCUACAAGCAAUAAGAUCACAAUUGAGUUUUUCAAAUUCGGAAAUGGGAAAUGCAUUGUUGAAGCUCCCGUUCAUCGCACAACAAUUGGACGACUUGUUAAGUGGAGGGCUGCUGCACGCUACAGCAAUCAAGCUAAGUGAGGACGGGCGAGUUUUGGAGGUUCUAGAAGAUGUUGAAGGCAAGACGUUGAGGUCUAUUAGUGAAGUUCAGGAGAAAUAUGGCAAGUUGUGGUUUGGUUCUGUUAUGAUGCCCUUUUUGGGACUUUAUGGAUUUUGAGUUCAAGUAAAGAG